AGCUCCAGGGAGCCAGAGAGACAGGAGAAGCCAGAGGAGAUCUACAAACACAGCAGGAAGCCAGGCACACGCUCCCCCUUUCUGAUCACCGUUCAAAAGAGAGAACACAGGAAGUAAAAAGAUGAAAGGCACCCAUUCUUUCGUUGGUCUUCUGCUCUUGAUCAUCGUACAGAACAGCUGGCAGAUACCACAGGAGGACACAGAGGACAAUUCCAGCUUAUUGAUAGAGGACUCUAUGUUCAGCGAGCCAAGGGAGCUUUCAAACAUGAAGAGGCAUUCAGAGGGAACAUUCUCUAAUGAUUACAGUAAAUAUCUUGAGUCAAGACGAGCACAAGACUUUGUUCAGUGGCUGAUGAACUCCAAGAGAAGUGGUGGCCCCAUCAAACGCCAUGCGGAGGGUACCUACACUAGCGACGUGAGUUCCUACCUACAGGACCAGGCAGCCAAGGAGUUUGUGUCCUGGUUGAAAAACGGCAGAGGCAGACGAGAAUAGGGCUGCUCUACUCAGACACAGUCCUUGGGUCUCACCACCUUCCAAUCUAGAGAGAAUGCAACUCGUCCAGAAUCACCCCGUUGUUCCAUUUCAUGAUUUUGUCUCGUCCAUCCUCUGUUCAUGCUAAUAAAUCCCCUAACCAGAAAUAAAUGUCGCGUGUCAAUUUAUCGUGUUGUUUGGUCAGCAGACAAAAUUCUGACAAUAAGGCAUUAUCUCCAUUCUUAACUGACAUCAGAGGCAACAUUAUUUAGUUGAUAA